GCUGCGUUGUAGUCGGGUCUGUGUAACUGCUGAUUCCCCGUUUAUUUAUCUAGUGUUGGACUUGGUCUGGAUGUGGUGAGGCGCCGCCAUGACGCAGGACGAGCAGGAGGAGAAGAGCCUGGAGGCGCCGCCGCCGCGCCUCUCGCCGCUGGAGCACGGCUGCGACGCUUGGUGGCGCUGGAGCCAACACCACAAGAGCCCUGAGGUGCGACUGUAUGCGCGGACGGCGCUCUUCCACCCGAACUGGUCGCACGGAACGGCCGCCGUGCGGGGCUCGCACGAUAUCCGUGGCGGCGUGCAUUACUGGGAGGUGCAGGUGUCGCAGCGGCUGUUCGGCACGGCCAUCAUGUUCGGCGUGUGCACGGCGUCGGCGCGGCUGCACGCCGACACGUUCGUGAGCCUGGUGGGCGAGGACGAGAACGGCUGGGGGCUGUCGCACAAGGGGCUGGUGUGGCACGCCGGGGUCUGGCGCCGCUACACCGAGCCCUUCCGUGAGAACAAAGCCACCACCAUCGGCGUGCUCUACGACGGCGAGCGCGGCACCCUCGGCUUCUACAAGGACGAGCGCUGGCUGGGCGUCGCCUUCAGCGGGCUGGGCGACGUCACGGAGUCGCUGUAUCCUGUGGUGUCGUCGACGGCGGCCAAGACGGAGCUCACUCUCGGAACCACCCGCAGGGGCUGGGCUGGCCUGCAGGACCGUGCCCGCCACGCCCUCCUCUCCGCCCUCGCACACCCGCACCUUCUCUACACGCUGCCGCUGCCGCCCGCGCUGCGAACCUACAUCGAGGACGACCUGCCGCCCUCGAGCGCCAAUGGCAAGGACGUCCUCAUCCCCACUACCACGGGGCUCUCCCGCUCCUCCUGACCAAGCUCCAGGGAGUAGACGCCCCCCGCUAACGAUGAUUCCGCACGUCCCCUUCCUACAUUCCACAUGGACCACCCACGCCUGCGCACACAAUCAGCAACGCACAUCUGAAGCCGUCAAUCCCCGCCUCCUUAUAUUGCUUGAUAAGCACGGGGCUCUGAGCUCCUUCGGUGGGAAUGAACUCACUAUCGAUGUCUACCUAAAUGUCCACACGAUAGCUGUUAUUCACACAAACGAUUGUUCCAUAAGCACACGCACAAACACGCACGC